UGUCAGAGGGUGAUGUACUUCCGGUGGUUGGCGGCGGGAGCGCGGCCUCCUGGGAGCGGAGGGCAGUAACGGUCGGUGCGCGCGGCGGUCGCUGCGUCUCGAGCGGCAUGUGAUCGCCGGGCGGGACAGCGGCGGCGAUGGUGUAGCUACUGUGACAUAAACACUCCACUAAUUAAAGCUUCAGGUAGCAGAAAGAGAAGUAUUUAUUGGAUUAAGAAAAGAGAAGAUUCCUUUGUCAAAACCAAAGAUGGACAUAGAAGAAAAAAAAUACAUUAACAAGGAGAAAGAUGAUGAAAUGGAGGUUUAUGGAUACAAACCAUGUCGCUGGAAGUUGGUUCUGGUUGCAGUUGGUGUCGUCUGCACUGGGGGCUUCCUGCUGCUGCUUCUCUAUUGGAUGCCUAAGUGGAGUGUGAAGGCAACAUGCAUUCCAACAACUCUCAAAGAGGCUGAGGUUGUGUUAUUGAAGAGCACAGAUGAGUUUAAAUCCUGGUUUCGUGCAAAAGUUCACAUAUUACUUUCUCCUGGCACUGAUCCUAUGGUGUGUUUGGAAGCUCAAAGCGAUAAAUCAAUGGAAAAUGGUCUUGCAUUCAACAAAGCGGACUAUAUUGUAGAUAACCAAAAGAACCUAUCGCGAAGAACAUCAGAAAGUGAGACAGUGCAGGUGCGCUAUUUUGUACAUCAAAGUAUAACCUACUUCUGGAAUGACUUCUCUCAGAACUUUAAAGAUUUAAAGGGUCUAACAGAGGGAGUUUCAUGGUCUGUUAUUCAUGACUACCACGGUAAAGGACUGAGUAAAGAGCUUCAGAAUUAUCGAAAGCUGUUUUUUGGUGUGAAUGAAGUUGAAGUCAAAGUGCCUUCAGUGUUCAAACUUUUAAUUAAAGAGGUACUCAACCCUUUCUACGUAUUUCAACUAUUCAGUGUCAUUCUUUGGUAUUUUGAGAGUUAUUAUUACUAUGCUGUGGCAAUUGUCGUCAUGUCAUUUAUUUCCAUCGUUACCUCACUGCAUACUGUCAAAAAGCAAUAUGUUAUGUUGCAUGACAUGGUAGCAGCUCACAGUGUUGUCCGCGUUUCAGUAUGCAGAGCGAAUAAUGAAAUGGAAGAAAUUUUGUCCACUGAUCUGGUGCCUGGUGACGUUGUAGCAAUUCCAGCUAAUGGGACCAUAAUGCCUUGUGACGCAUUGCUUCUCAGUGGCACUUGUAUUGUCAAUGAAAGCAUGUUGACAGGCGAGAGUGUUCCUGUAACAAAAACCAAUUUGCCAAAUCCAGUUGAGAGUUCGAGAGGACUGGAAGAGGAUGAAAUGUAUAACCCAGAAGAGCACAAACGACACACACUCUUCUGUGGUACCAAUGUAAUCCAGACACGAUUUUAUACUGGAGAGCUUGUUAAAGCUGUUGUUGUCAGAACAGGUUUUAGCACUGCAAAAGGGCAACUUGUACGCUCGAUCUUAUACCCAAAGCCAACAGAUUUUAAACUGUACAGAGAUGCCUACCUCUUUCUACUCUGUCUGGUUGGUGUGGCAGGGUUUGGAUUUUUGUACACGGUUGUUAACAGUGCUUUGAAUGGGGUAACAGCUAGUACAAUCAUCAUUGAAUCGCUUGAUAUUGUCACAAUUACUGUUCCACCUGCUCUUCCAGCAGCAAUGACUGCUGGGAUUGUGUACGCACAAAGAAGACUGAAGAAUUUAGCAAUUUUCUGUAUCAGCCCUCAGAGAAUAAAUAUUUGUGGACAGCUGAACCUGGUCUGUUUUGAUAAGACUGGAACGCUGACUGAAGAUGGCCUGGAUCUUUGGGGCAUUCAAAGAGUGGAAGAUAGCAGUUUUCUACCAUCAGAGCCAAGCCUUUGUAAGGAGAGUUUAGUGAAGUCUCGGUUUGUGGCUUGCAUGGCAAGCUGUCAAUCUCUUACUAAAAUUGAUGGCCAGUUGUCUGGUGACCCAUUGGAUUUGAAGAUGUUUGAAGCAACUGGUUGGGUUUUUGAGGAAGCAACUGAGGAAGAGACUGCAUUACAUAAUCAAAUUAUGCCUACUGUAGUUCGACCUUCCAAGCAGCUUCUCGAUGAGCCCACGGCAGUACCUGAUCAUGAAAUGGAACUGUAUGAGCUUUCAGCAUCAUAUGAGAUAGGCAUUGUCCGACAAUUUCCAUUUUCUUCUGCUUUGCAACGGAUGAGUGUUGUGGCUAGAGUUCUUGGUGAGAAGCGUAUGGAUGUUUACGUGAAAGGUGCGCCAGAGACUAUAGCUGAUCUAUGCAAGGUUGAGACAGUUCCUAAACAUUUUUCAAAAAUUCUGGAGGAUUACACUAAACAAGGCUUCAGAGUCAUAGCACUUGCCCACAGGAAAUUGGAGUCUAAAUUAACUUGGCACAAAGUACAAACUGUCAGCAGAGAUAUCAUUGAAAGCAACCUGGAAUUUUUAGGGCUGAUUAUUAUGCAAAACAAGCAAAAGCCAGAGACCCCUGGAGUCCUUGAAGAGCUCAGGAAAGCUAAUAUUCGUACUGUUAUGGUCACAGGAGAUAAUAUGUUGACAGCUGUUUCUGUGGCCAGAGACUGUGGGAUGAUUCUGCCUCUGGAUAAAGUAAUCAUUGCAGAAGCACUACCUCCGAAAGAUGGACAGGCUGCAAAAAUAAAUUGGCUUUAUGCAGAUAAACCUUCAAAAGAACUUAAAGCAUCGACUGGAAACUCUGAGGAUGCGCAUGUUAAAAUAGAGGACGAAGGCUCUGGAGAUGGCCUCCGUCAGAUGAAGUGCUAUCACUUUGCAAUGGAUGGCAAAUCAUUUUCUGUUAUAAAUGAACAUUUUCAGGAGUUACUUUCAAAGUUGUUGCUUCGUGGGACUGUAUUUGCUCGUAUGGCUCCUGAUCAAAAAACCCAGUUGGUUGAAGCAUUUCAAAAUGUAGACUACUAUGUGGGGAUGUGUGGAGAUGGUGCCAAUGAUUGUGGUGCACUGAAGCAAGCACACAGUGGUAUCUCAUUGUCUGAACUGGAAGCCUCUGUAGCAUCUCCAUUCACAUCAAAGACUCCAAACAUUUCAUGUGUACCAAACCUCAUCAGGGAAGGACGUGCUGCUUUGGUAACCUCAUUCUGUGUGUUCAAGUUCAUGGCCUUGUACAGUAUAAUCCAGUACCUAAGUGUUACCCUUCUGUAUUCCAUACUCAGUAAUCUUGGAGACUUUCAAUUUCUUUUCAUCGAUUUAGCUAUCAUCCUGUUUAUUGUAUUUACCAUGAGUUUGAAUGCUGCAUGGCAGGAGCUCGUUCCAAGGAGGCCACCUUCUGGUCUCAUCUCUGCUCCGCUGCUGUUAUCGGUAGUGUCACAAAUUCUGAUCUGUACAGCUUUUCAAGCAACUGGUUUUUUUCUGGUGAAGCAGCAAGCCUGGUACAAAGAAUGGACACCAAAUUUAGAUGUCUGCCAUUCAUCAGAAUCCAACCAAACACUAGAGCACAAUAUUACACAUCCUGAUAGCGAGAAGAAUAUUCAAAACUACGAAAAUACAACUUUGUUUUUUAUUUCUUGCUUUCAAUACCUCAUUGUGGCCGUCGUGUUUUCCAAAGGGAAACCAUUUCGACAACCUUGUUAUAAAAACUAUCCAUUUGUGGUCACACUGGUUGCCCUUUACACUAUUAUAUUUUUCAUGAUGUUUUACCCCAUUCAAGCGAUUGAAAAUACUCUUGAGUUGGUCUGUGUUCCUUAUGAUUGGCGACUUACAUUGCUGAUCUUAAUACUAAUAAAUGCAGCUGUGUCUAUUGUUACUGAGACUUUCCUGCUUGACUUGAUCCUUUGGAAACUUCUGUUUGACAAAGACAGACCUGGAGAUGAGCAUACCACCACCUACCAACAGGAGGCCCUUGACAGAAGAGGCAAAACAUGUUCGACACACUUCUUUGAUAAGAGCAAGCCAAAGGCCAAAUACAUGCAUCUGGCCCAGGAACUGCUCGUGGACCCUGAUUGGCCUCCAAAGCCCAAAUCAACGACAGAAGCAAAAGUUCCACUCUCUGAGAACUGUUCAUACAGUAUAAUCACAAUGAGCUAACACAGGAUAAUGUACUGUACAUUUGUCAACAGUACAAUGUUUCAGAGGUAUGGUGUAAAUAUGUUGAUUCUGGGAAAGGAUAAAGUGGUUGGUAAUGAUUUUAUAAACUAAGGUCCAGGGAAUUUGCUUUUGAGGGAUUUGAGGACAGCCUUUUAAAGGCUAGUCUGACGCAUCCUUUUUCUACAAUGUAAAUGUUGAGGUAAAAUAACUCGAAAGUGAUUAGCAAUAAAUAUUACAGCAUUGCAUCAAAAAAGACUUCAAAUAUAUUUUAGUUAAAUCCUACCAGAUACAGUAGUUUUUUAUAAAAACUACCAUAAUAUAUUCAAAAUACUAAAACUCCUAAAUGAAAUUGCUUUUCUGAAUAAAGUGCUGCAGUGGUGGAUGUAUCUUCAACAGCAAUGCAAUUGAGCAUCUGCAGAUGGAUCAGCUGCUCACAACUUUGUUGAGAGAGAAAAGAAAAGUCAAGCCGUUUGCACAUCUUGAAAUGCUUACAUGAAGCUCUCUCUCUUCAGUAGCCUCCAACCGCUGGAGUCAUUUCUCAUAACAAUCUGCUCUUCUCUAACUUUACAAAUUGAAAUACAGUACAGCGGGAUGGCUGAAUGUUAAAAAUGUAUGGUUAUGCAGUGGCUGGAAUGCAAAACCAUCACUUUCCAUAAUCUUGCUGCUGAUGCCAAAUAUAAAUUGGCUGUAUUAUUCUGCACAUUUGACUAUAGCGCAGAGUAAGAGUGGCAGCACGUUACCACCAAGAACAACAGUUAAAGUGCAUAAAUUGCCUGAAUUACUCCAUUAUUGAGUUAAACUUGGUAAAGGAAGCUUUCCUGAAGUGGGUUACAUUUCUUGGGGUUACUUUGUAAAUGGUUCCACAUCCAGUACCAGAGAAAUAGAUAUACCUUUUUGCCCUGAAAAAUUAAUAAUGCAAGUGAAAAAUAUCUGUCUUGUGUUAGUGUGGUAUUGCAAAUGUAUUUCACUCUUAUUUAUUUGUGUCCAAAUGUGUCCAGGGUCAUUUCAUAUUGUAUUUAAUCAAGUUUUACCUACAUGAUACCCAGUUAAUCCACUAUAAAGUAUAUCCUGUGAAGUGCUUUGAGAUCUCAAACAAGGUGAUAAGCACCAUAUCAAGUACAAGGAUUAUCAUCAAUAAGUGUUUUUCAAUAUUUGUAAAUGUCAAAAAUCAACCAUGUGGGAAAAAAGUUGUGCUGACCAUACUUACUACACUUCUCUGCUGCCUGUGUAGCUUGAUUGUGUUGUGGUGGGAGUGUUUGUGUCACAGCUGUUCUGACUUGACUUCCUUUUAUUUCAAUGUACAAGAGAGCUGUCAUUAACAAAUGUGCUUCGAUUUAGUGCUCACUCCAAAUUAUUUUUUUCCUCUGCUAUAAAGACAAAUGCAGAUUAAAUCUGUUUGCUGAAAGCAGUGAAACUGAAACAGGAAUUCUUUUUUUCAAUUUUCAUAGCAUCAUAAUGAUCUUAACUUGGCAUAUGUAACUUGGAAAAUCAAAGGGAUAAUGUCGCUUGCUAAGUCUUUAAGACUGGAACUAGCAAUUUCCCCUUAGUGCACCGGAAAUAUUUUUCACAUAUAAUUUGCUUGGAAUGUAACUGCACGAUGAAAGUAAGCAUUGUAGAAGGAACAUAAGAGACUAUUAUUAAACAGAAGGUUCAUUUUGAAAUAAGCCCAGAGAAUAACUA